GCCAACAAAAAGGAAUCGUUGACGAUGGCGAUUUUGACCAUUUCAGUGCUCCUCUUUGCAGUCUUCAUUGCUGAUGGUGCAACAGAAAGCAAGUGCGGAUGUCCACCUGAUUGGGAAGGGCUUUUGAAUCGAUGUUACUUCUUUGUCAGCACCCUGCAAACGUGGGCUGAAGCAGAGAAAAAAUGUUUGACACUUGGUGGCAACCUUGCAUCCGUGCACAAUGCAGCAGAAGAUGAUUUCCUUAAGAAGCUGGCGAACAAUACGCGUAUCUGGAUAGGAGCCUAUGACGCUGCUCAGGACGGUUUGUGGUUGUGGAGUGAUGGGUCUAAGUUUGACUACAGUGGAUGGAUUUCUGGUGAACCCAAUAGCUACCAAGGGCAGAGUGAGGACUGUGGGGAGAUCAUUAAUGCUGACGGAUGGAAUGAUUCAGUCUGUUCACUUAAAUUUGCGUCAGUGUGUUCACUGAAUUUGCCAAAAUGAAGAGGUUCUCAGACUCUGGCCACCUUUCACGGUUUUAGAUCAACAGUGCUUGGAAUUCACCACCCUUGAGUCAUCAAUUCAAAUCAGAAAAAGGAAAAAAAAGGAAGAAGAAAAGAAAAGAGAAAAUAAUAGCAUGUUCUUUCUCCUGCUUGCAUUUCUCUCUUUUCCUUGAAAUGACUCAAUCAAGUGAAAUAGCCAGUCAAUAAAAGCAUCAGCAAAAUGAA